AUGGAACAGGAGAGAGUAGGGCGAGCAGCAGAUGCAAAUGGAAAAAAAUCCUCAGUCAUCGAGACAACCACGACUGUGAAGUCCAGUACCCCCAUGCCUACGAAACCCACCCCUGAAUUGCAAUCACCCGCAGUUGCGAAACCUCGACGCAAACCGCGAAAGCUGAACAAAGACAACCCCCCUUCUAUUCCCGCAUUAGAAGGUGAGAGUAUACCAGCCGCUAUCAUCAAAAAAACUCAAGACCCUACGGCAGAACUCGACGCCCUCAAGUCUCGGGUUCGAGGCCUCGAAGCCAAAGUCGAAGCCCUUUAUGAAAGCAAGACUAGGAAUGAACCUUCGCGAUCUCCCCGCCGUCGUGGCAAGGGUAGGAAAACCUCGUCGUCAACUCAAGUUUCUACACUGAAUAGGCUUCCCAACACGAAUAGAGCAAAGGAUGAAAAUCACACUUGUGAAGCCCAUGAGGAAGAAGAAGAUGAGGAAGAAGAAGACAUAGAAGAACUCGUACGUCUAGAAGGAGAAUUGGAAGUGGCACGUCAAGAUUUGGACUCCUAUCCUAAUCGCCCAAGCACCUAUUACACUGAAUUACGGGAAUCUGAUGAAAACGUAGAGGAGAUCCCUAGGAACCGUGGUGGUAGUGCUGCUGCUCCUACUGCUGCUGUAAGAAAGCCAAGCCAGGGAGACAGACAAGUCACACUUUCAGGCAGCUACCGUAUCCCCAUCCCAACCAACGUCUCGCUUGAAGACGUCAAGAAAAUAAAGGGUGGCGUGGCUGCCGUGCAGAACGUUGCGAGGAGAUUGUUGGAACAGAGGAGGGCAGCUGUCGCGGCGGCGAGGGCAGAGCAGAACCAAAACCAUGGUGUUGCCAGCACUGAUAUCGCACAACAGUCUGUCUCAUCGACAUCUGCCCGACCUGUUAAAACCAAGGCUACAGGUGCGCCGUCAGCAACGAGUGUAACGCUGGAGGAGGCAGGAGACAGACAGAGUUGGGGUGAUUGGAUCGGCGGGUAUAGUCUUGCUAUUACAAGGGCGGUGAAGAAUAUUGAGCAUGAGGCUGCCAUGGAGAGUCACAAAGAUUGGAGUGUGGGGACCGCGAGAAGUACACAAUUAGGCAGGACAGAAAACAAAACACCGGUCGUUAAGCAGAAUGCUGGGAAAAGGUCGCCUGUAAAGGCGAAGCUUAGUAGUGAGCAGGUUCACAAUCUCAUGAGCUAG